AAUAAUUGGCAUAUGUUUAAACAAAUAAGUCUUUUGAUAGAUAUAUUAUUUAAUAAUUAAAAACAAUUAAUAUUUUUUAUCUUUCUAAGCAACAAGAGAUUGUUAAUAGUAAUAUAUAUAUAUACAUCAGUUUAAGUAUUUUAAAUGUAGCAAUCUUAAAGAAAAGCAGGCUUUAUGUACAGGGAGAUCACAUCUGAUCUUUCCCUUAUACCUAAAGACGAUUACUUAAAAGUAGCAUCUAUGAUCUUAAAGCUUGACCCUUAAGAUAGGAGAGAUGAUGAAAUAUAAGCAUUGCAGAAAUUGACAGAAGAAUUAUAAUUUUUUAAGAGCAUUAACUCGAAAAAGGUUAAUGUUAGGAAUAAACUCCACUAUAAGAUUUGCAGUAAAAUGAAGUAUGAAGCUAGUUAAAAAGGACAGGCAAUUAUUGAAUACGGUGCUAAAGCUGAUAAAUUUUUUGUGCUCCUUAAAGGAUCAGUUAUUGUUUAUUUAACUAAGUCUGCAGAAAUUUUAUAAAACGAGAUUUAAGAGGAGAUGAAAUUUCAAGAAGAAAAAAAUAUAGCGCCUCUUUAUUUAACUCAAAAAGAAUAAAUAAGGGCUAAUAGUAUUAGUUCAAGUUAAUCAUAAUCUCCUACUAAUAAGAUAUCAUUUUUUAAAUCAAAUAGCAUACUAAAUAAUUAAGGAGGAGGUUAAAGUAGUCCUUUAACUAGAGUUAAUUCUGGUCUGAUUGACUCUACCUAAGCUCAUAAAAAGAGCAUAGUUAAAAGUCAUAAUGACUCUCCUUUGAAUAUGAAAUUAAAUGGCUCAGAAACUUCGGAGUAAAAAGAUAGUAACAAAAUAAGCUAAAAUUAAAGUUAACAAAAUGGAAGAAAUUCAAUAUAAAUUUUUGAAUCAAUAAAUAUCAAUCCGAAUGAUUUAAAUUAAGAAUAAGCUAACAAAAUUUAAAACGAUUAACGCGGCGAUGAAAAUGGCUUAGAAAUAUUUAAUAAAUCUUCUAAGAAAACAUCUUAAUAAAGAUUUCAAAGGAUGUUUAAUCUGAUAAAAUAAAGAGGUAAUAAAUUAGAAAAUUUACCACAAACUGAUGAUAAAUAGCUUGAUGUAACCACAAAAGAAAAUUAAUAAGAAGAUAAUGCGAUUUCUAACGAUAGUAACCAAUCAUCAUAAACCCAAAUAAUUCAUAAAUCUUCUAUGUUUAGCAAAUUCGUUAACAAUACAACCACAAAUAAUAUGACAGGUCAGGCAUUAUAAAAUUCUCAAAAUAGCGAUUUGAACUCAUUAACUUAGCCUAAAAUUAACAAAUAGCUCUCUCUUAGCAAAGGAUUUAGUUUAUACACAGAAGAUUAAGCAAAAAUUGAAUAGCAAGACAUUUAAAAUGAAGAAGAAACACACAUAAAUCAAAUCAGAAAGAGAUUCUGUGAAAAAUACAUGUUUUCCAAAAUUUUUGGCUCUCUAAAUGCUGAAAAUAUUUAAUGUCCUGAAAAAUUAAUCCACUUUCCUAGCUUUGUCUUUAAGUAUUAUUAUCAAAGAACUCUCAAUUAAGGCUGCACUUUUGGAGAAUUAGGUUUGCUUGAUGGAAAACCAAGAAGUGCUUUCAUAUUGUGUGCUGAAGAUUGUGAAUUCGGAAUUAUGGAGAAAGAAGACUAUCAAUUGUUGCUUGGAAAUAUACACAGAAGAGAACUUGAAAGAAAAUUCAACUUCCUAAAAGAUCACAUGCUUCCAGAGCUUACAAAUUAAGCUCUCAAAAAAAUAUUUUACAAUUUCUAAAAAAUAAAAGUUUAGAAAAAUGAAUAUAUCUUCAGGCAAGGAACUCUCUCUGAAGGUAUUUACCUAAUAAAGAAGGGCGAUGUGAAGUUAGAGAAAACAUUAACAUAUUAAGAGUAAGUAAGCAGUGAGGGAGAAAAUGGGAUAUCUAUGAUGAGAAAAGUAUAAACUAUAAAAAAAAAUACGCCUUUUGCAACUUUGAGUUAAGGAGAAUAUUUUGGAGAGGAAUUUCUGAUAUUUGAUUUUAAAUCAAAACAUUAUCGCAGUUAUUCAGCAGUUGCUAGUAGUAUGAAAACCUCUUUAUACUUUAUGCAAAGCUCUACUUUCACUGUUUUCUUGAAACAAUUUCCUGAACUUUUUAUGGCUUUUAAGAAAUCUGUGACUUUCAAAAUCGAAAGAAGAUAAGAAUACAUGGAAAACAUUGAAUAAAAUUAUAAAGAGACAAUGAAAUUAAAAGAAGCUAUCAACAACUAACGUCAAUCCGAUUUAAAAAUUAUAUAAUCGCUUUAAUCCUAAAAAAGUUAUACUGAUCUAAGCUGCGCUUCUCCGAUUUCUUAAUAGACUUCACCUUUAAGAUAGAAAAAUGCAAGUUAAUAAUAUUUUAUUAAACAACUGUCAUAGCAAGGCUCUUAUUUAUCUUGCGAAAGUCCAAAAGCUGGCUAGUUUGAAAAUUAGAAUAAAAUUAAUAACAAUGAAAGGAAGAGUUUAUUAUUUUAUUGUUCUCCUUCAAUAAAAUUACCUAACACAAAUAAUUCGAUUGCAGAUUUUGAAAAUAUAGUAAACAGCAGCAAAAGUAUUGUCGUUUAAAGCUCUCAGCCACAAUUGAAAUUUAAACUUAUUUCUAGCAGCUAAGAAACACCUUCUAAAAUAUUAAGCACUUUACAUUAAAUCGAUUAAAAAUAAAUUGAUGAGGAAGAAGAUGCCAAUAAUAAAUAGCAAAAAAUAGAAGUGCCAAAUAGUUAACCGCCAUAUCCACAACCAAAGCUAAUAAGAUUAGUUAGCACAUAAAAUAGUAUCUCAAUCCCAGAAAAAAAUUUUUAAUAAAAUGAAAAGCAUAAUGAAUUCUUAACUGAUUCCAAUAUAAGUCCUAUUUAAAGAUCAAAUAAUUAAUCUCCAACUUAAACGAUUAAGCUGUAAUUGAUGAGUGAAAUAAUAUAAAAUGAACAAUUUAAUCCUUCUUUGGGUGGCUAAAAACAACCAGAAAAGAAAUUUACAAGAAAUAGUUAACACAGUAAAACUCUAUCUUGCAUUGUAUAGCAAUCAAAUUUGUUAUAAGAAUAACUAAAUAGCUUUGUAUACAAAAGAGAUAAGCAUAAAUCUUAAACUUCUAUCACACAUAUAUAACCAGAAGAUUUAGAGAGUCCAUUAAUAAAUUAGAAAUAGUAAACUCAGCAUAAUUAAAACAAAUAAUAAGUCAUAAGACAAAAUGAAUUUGAAGAAUUGGAGGAGUUAUAGGAUUUACUUGAUGUUUAGUAUUUUUAAACUAAAUAUAAUCCUGAGAAAUUAGAAGAAUUAUUAUUGCAAGUGGAAAAGCUAAAAGCUGAGCAUAAAAGUGGCAGUAAUGUCAUAGAAAACAAGCUAGAAUUUCUUUAUAAUAGGAACGUGAAAGAAGUAAAAAUGAGAAUCAAUUUAAUAAAAUAAAAAAUACAAAAUGCUUUUAGAAAAGAUCUGAGUCAUGAAAAUUAAUAAUAUUAAAAUAACAGAAAAAACAUUUACAGCAACUCACCAAACAAAUCUGUUGAUAAAAUUACUAAGUUAUCUUAGCGCUAUCUAAAGAAACAAGACUAAUAUGAUAAAAUAAUUAGAAGUAAAAUAACAGAGCGUCAAAAAGGUAACUCUUCUAUUUAAAAGGAAAGUAAUUAAAUGAAUGAAGCAAUAGAUAUAUAAAAUACUGUAAAGGAAAUUCCUAAAAUAUUUGUAAAUAAUUCUGAUGAAAUACUCAAAAAAAGCAGUAGCAUAGAUUCUAAAUAUACCUAUUUAAAUGAAAAAAACACUAUUGACAGUGUAAAUUCAAAUAAUAAUUUAGAUUUAUUAUCAUCUUAAGCUUAGACAACUUCAAUUAAAAUUGAAUAACAAAAUCAAAAUUAAAUUUAGCUAACAAGUUCUUCAGGAUUUAGAACGUAUCCUGCUCUUACUACUGAUGAAAACUGUUAAUCUACAAACAAAAUGAUUAGUUCUGCUGCUUCAUAUAAAGGCGCUUCUUUAUCACCAAUGAAAUCUUCUCCAAAUUCACCAAAGAUUAGACCAAAAUAGAGAAAUAAAUCUGCUUUAAUUCAUUUAAAGCUUAAUCCUUCACCAAAUAAUGACUAAUUCUUAAAUUUUAAUAUCAUAAAUUAUUAGUCUUGUAGAUAAAAUCAGGAUUUCAAUGCAGUGAAUGAUAUGUUUUAACAACUUCAGCUGAAAACUUAAAAUAGCAAUUUAAUUAUUUCAACUGAUUAAAGUUAACUGAUUCCAUUUAAAACCCAAAGUAGCACUUCUGAAAUAUAAGUUUAAUCCAAUUUAGAACACUUAGAAAACUAUACUGAACAGCUUUCAUAAAAAGAAAAACAAUAAACUUCUUCCAAAUCUAAUUUCAUUACACCGAAUAUAACUGAGAGAAGAAACAAUACAGCCAAUAGCAUUCCUAGAUAAUUGCAAAAAAUGUUCCUAAUAAAGUCUUAAAGCAAUACCGCAUUAACAUAAUCCCAAAAUAUUUCUCCAAAAAUUUAAUAAACUAAUUAAGAAAACAACAAAUCCUCAGACUCACAAACAAUAUUCAAUAAAAAGUCAGAUGAGUUAAAGCAGUCUUACUUUUUCAAGCAUAGAAAAACAUAAUCUCAUCUUGUAUUUGAUAUUGCACCCUCAUUUUAGAAUCAAAAAGCUCCAUAUUUAUAAUAAAACUCAUCAGUUUCGCCAGUAACUAAACUAAAUAACCCAUAAAAUUUGAGUUAGAACAGCUUAAGCAUUAAAAAUAGAUACGCAAACUAAGGAAAAGUAUCUUUUUCUUUAACUAAUUUUAGUGAAAUAAAAAGCAGUGGAAAUUAAUAAUUUAAUAUUAAUCCUAAUUAGAACAUAAAUAUGACAGAAACUAACAACAACAACAAAAUAUUGUAAAAAUCUUCUUCUUAUAAAUAAAUAAAAAUUAGCUAAUAAAAUAGUAAAUUAAAAGAUAUAGUAUAAAAUAAUUUUUUACCUAAUUACACAAACGAAACUUAGCAAACACCUUCUUAUCCUCCAUAACAAUUUUAAUAAAACUAAAAUAAUAAUAACAACAAAUAUAUAGAACUAAAUCAAAAUAUGUCUAUGAUAAAUUAAAGUUAGAUUGAAUUAAUUAAAAAUAAUUCAAGAUUAAUGCAAAGAAAAAUACACAACCCUUUACAAAUAUUCAAAGGUAGUAAAACAAAUUCCUCAAUAACUGUGAAAUCAUUUCUAGAUUCAACUAAUAGUCCCCUUUAUAAUAACUCAAUUUUAAAAUAGAAUUUUUUACAAUAAAAUUAGCAGUGA